GGACCGUCCCGGCCCCGCCCAGCGACUCGGGAGCGCGCGCGCGCGUGCGGGAGAGGGAGGGUGGGGAAGGAUCGCUGGCAAGAUCCCGAGACGAGGCUCGCGCGCCCGCCCCCGCCCUGGCCCUGGCCCUGGCCCCGGCCCCUAGCGCCCACCCAGUCGGCCCGGCCCAGCCAUGAUCAAGGCCAUCCUUAUCUUCAACAACCACGGGAAGCCGCGGCUCUCCAAGUUCUACCAGCCCUACAGUGAAGAUACACAACAACAAAUCAUCAGGGAGACUUUCCAUUUGGUAUCUAAAAGAGAUGAAAAUGUUUGUAAUUUCCUAGAAGGAGGAUUGUUGAUAGGAGGAUCUGACAACAAACUGAUUUAUAGACAUUAUGCCACAUUAUACUUUGUCUUCUGUGUGGAUUCUUCAGAAAGUGAACUUGGCAUUUUAGAUCUAAUUCAAGUAUUUGUGGAAACAUUAGACAAGUGUUUUGAAAAUGUCUGUGAACUGGAUUUAAUUUUCCAUGUAGACAAGGUUCACAAUAUUCUUGCAGAAAUGGUGAUGGGGGGAAUGGUAUUGGAGACCAACAUGAAUGAGAUUGUUACCCAAAUUGAUGCACAAAAUAAACUGGAGAAAUCUGAGCAAAUAGUUUACACUGGCCUAUUUUGUAUCAGUCAAGAUUUUUCUCAGGCUGGCUUAGCAGGAGCUCCAGCCCGUGCUGUAUCAGCUGUAAAGAAUAUGAAUCUUCCUGAGAUCCCAAGAAAUAUUAACAUUGGCGACAUCAGUAUAAAAGUGCCAAACCUGCCCUCUUUUAAAUAAAAAAAAAUUUAAAGGCUAUUUCCAGGUAAAAUCCAGGGGGAAAAGUCAUCUAAGUUUACCAUGCAGUUGUUUACCAAAAAUAGAGGAGAAGAGUCUUAACUUUUGCUCUUGGAUUAAAGUCAAGGUACUGUAUAGAAGUUGUGUAAAAUCAGUAUGUGACCUUCAAUGUUGCUUUUCUUGCUCAGUAGUUUUAAAGAAAUUAAGUAGUUUCAGUAUGUUUUUUUUUCUUUUCCAAAUUGUAUUCCUAUGCCCACCUAAGGCAUGCCUUUAUGUAUUGGCUACUACAGUGUUUUGAAAAGUGUUUGAGACAUUUCUUUAAUUUAUGUACAACCAAAAAUGGUGUUUUGUAUGGAUCACAGGUGAAGCGUUCUUAAUUCUUUCUAUUUGUCACAAUUGUUAUUUAAAGAACAUUUAUGUAUUGCAUGAAAACAUUAUGAACUUUUUCUCUUAGUUUAAAUAAACUCCGAGGUAACUGGACUUCUAAAGCA